GGGCCGCUCCCUAGGCGCUCCGCGCUGGCGGUUGGACUGCGCAUGCGUGUCAGUGGCGUUCGUAGAGGACCCGGCUAGCAGAACCUUCCUCGGAAGGAGCAAUUCCUCAGCCAUGGAGUCUUACGAUGUGAUCGCCAACCAACCUGUUGUGAUCGAUAACGGAUCCGGUGUGAUUAAAGCUGGUUUUGCUGGUGAUCAGAUCCCGAAAUACUGCUUUCCAAACUAUGUGGGCAGACCCAAGCAUGUUCGUGUCAUGGCAGGAGCCCUUGAAGGAGACAUCUUCAUUGGCCCCAAAGCAGAGGAGCACCGAGGGCUGCUGUCCAUCCGCUAUCCCAUGGAGCAUGGCAUCGUCAAGGACUGGAACGACAUGGAGCGCAUCUGGCAGUACGUCUAUUCUAAGGACCAGCUGCAGACCUUCUCAGAGGAGCACCCUGUGCUCUUGACUGAGGCACCCUUAAACCCACGGAAAAAUCGAGAACGAGCUGCCGAAGUUUUCUUCGAGACCUUCAAUGUGCCAGCUCUUUUCAUCUCCAUGCAAGCUGUACUUAGCCUUUAUGCCACAGGCAGGACCACAGGCGUGGUGCUGGAUUCUGGUGACGGCGUCACUCAUGCCGUGCCCAUUUACGAAGGCUUUGCCAUGCCUCACUCCAUCAUGCGCAUUGACAUCGCUGGCCGAGAUGUCUCUCGCUUCCUUCGCCUCUACCUGCGCAAGGAGGGCUAUGAUUUCCACUCAUCCUCUGAAUUCGAGAUUGUCAAGGCCAUAAAAGAAAGAGCUUGCUACUUGUCCAUAAACCCCCAGAAAGACGAGACGCUGGAGACAGAGAAGGCCCAGUACUACCUGCCCGACGGCAGCACCAUUGAGAUUGGUCCUUCUCGAUUCCGGGCCCCAGAGCUGCUUUUCAGGCCAGACUUGAUUGGCGAGGAGAGCGAGGGUAUCCAUGAGGUCCUGGUGUUCGCCAUCCAGAAGUCCGACAUGGACUUGCGGCGCACACUUUUCUCCAACAUCGUCCUCUCAGGGGGUUCCACCCUGUUCAAAGGUUUUGGUGACAGGCUCCUGAGUGAAGUGAAGAAACUGGCUCCCAAAGAUGUGAAGAUCAGGAUAUCUGCACCACAGGAGAGACUGUAUUCCACGUGGAUCGGUGGUUCUAUCCUUGCCUCGCUGGACACCUUUAAGAAGAUGUGGGUCUCCAAGAAGGAAUACGAGGAAGAUGGUGCCCGAUCCAUCCACAGGAAAACCUUCUAAUGUUGAGAUGUCGUCUUUACUACUCUCUGAAGUUAACUCCACUUUAAACUCGCUUUCUUGAGUCGGAGUGAUUUCAAGGAACUGCCUGUUGGGGGGGUGGUGCGAAUGUGUGCACAGAUAUGAGUGCCAUGCAGCCCAGGGGUCUCGGGCCCAGCAAGGAUGAUGACUACCCGUGAUGGCGACAGCUGAGGCCUGGCCCUGACCACUAACUAAUGGGCCCUGGCAGGGAAGAGGGCUGGCAGAGGCCCACUCCUUCCUCAGCGGGGCCCUCUUCUGGCUGUGGGGUGCAGUUGCCAUCACAGGGAGACUUGCCACUGCUCAUGCUGGUUGGCUGCCACCCUACCUUACCCAAGGGUACCCUGAGGCCUGAGCUGCUGCCUGUCCUUGGCACCACCUGCUUCCUUGCCUGUGGAUGGUGGGCUGUGGACUGGGGCUGGGAGUAAGUUCUGCCUGGUCUGGUUGUCUUCCGGUUGUAAAAGGCUGUAAAACCACUCUAGCUCGAUUAGAGAUGGGUUGGGAGGUAGCAGUGUCCUCACAUUCCCUUGGGCCCGGAACCUCACUGGGCCUUUGGGGAGGGCAGGGGCUGCAGAGUUACACUUCAAGCCUCCCCCGUCCUGGGAUCUUACUAGAGCUAAGGAGCCAGUCCGUUCCAGAUCCUGUUCCUCACUUCUCAUCUAUCCUUGUUUCAUUGCCAUCCUAACAGGCUUAUUUAUUAAAGUAUUGGUCAAUAAGGGGACAGAGCACCUGGGGCUCCCUGCCUCCCACAUCAUACUAAUGUUUACAGUGCAGCAUCCAGCCCCACCACCCCCUGCUGACGUGUAUGAGGACGUACAUAGCACUGCCUCAGCACACUUGGGGCCUGGGGUUACACUCAGCCUUUCUUUCUCCCUCCUCCACUUGCUCACUGCCCUGGAACCAACAGGCUGGUUGCUGGCUGAAUUUUCUGAAACAGGAGUAGAAGCACUCUCAGCAGAGCCCCUUGCAAGGGAAGGUAUUGGAGAUACAGUCCCUUUGGGCUGGAGAAAGCUGCAGUUUACCAAGUUGCCUUUUGCCAUUCUGCCUGACCAGGGGGAUUAGGCUAAAGAGGCAGGAAGGCCUUCGGGGUGAUCAUGUGCCUCUGGUGACUUUGGUCCUGUUUGGGAAGGGCCAGGAACUGAUGGCUUGGGCCUGGCCGCAGAAAGUUCAGCGGCCUUCAGCCCAGAUGGUACAAAGCUGGGCGAGCCUGUCUUCACUGGCACACCAUUGCCUGUGACACCAGGUCCCAGGAGUCCCAGAUUCCAGGUAGUAUUGUUUCCCCAUGCUAUUCCAUGACCAAAGGCCCUGCCAGAUGUGAGCCGAAGCAGGUGUGUGUGAAAGUAGUAUGGCAGCCAUGGACUGUAGCGUGUGUGUAAGCUCACCUCCCUCUCUUAGCUCAAGCCUGUCCCUUGCACAGCCUUGCGCAAACCAUGUUGCCUGGUGGGGCCCAGUGUACUUAAAUAAAGUUGUUCCAAUAGACGCA